CAGUCAAAGUGAGCACUCAGUGUGAAGACUUCCUCCCUCUCUGUGCACUUAUAUCAUAGACACUCACAGGCAGCAGACAAGAACUUUCCGUUGGAUCAUGAGAGUCCUACAGUUCCUCAUUGUUUUACUUGGUGGACUUGCUGCAGCACAGCAACAAGCCUUGAUGGACUACUUAGAGAGAAGACUGCUUGCGAUUGAGGAUCGAAUCUCCUUGUGGCAUGAGCAGACAAGCCGCUACACUGCAGAGCUACGGGAGCUCAAGCAGCAGAUUGUAGCUCAGCUUGAGAGCCUGGACAAGAACAAGGAGGCACUAAGGAGUGAGCUUGAUGCAGUGGGGGUCCGUGUUGAUCGAGUGGAACGUGAGAUGGAUUAUCUUGAGACACAGAAUGGAGCACAGCCCUGCGUGGAUGUGGAUGACAAGUUGGUAGAGCAGCAGGUGACUGUGGCCAAGGAGAAGAACAAGUCAAAAUAUGCCAAGCUCUCAGACUGCAGUGACAUGGUCUCAAGUAUUAAAGGCAUGAAGAUUCUCAAACGUGUCAGUGGCGCUAAAGGCAUGUGGACUAAAGACAUGGGUGUCUCCACUGGGAAGGUCUAUCUCUUCAAUGGAACAGGAGAGGACACACUCUAUGAGUUUAGUUCUGUACGUGACUUCACCUCUUCUCUAGGCAUUGCAGCAGGCAAAGCUGUCCAACUUCCCUCAAAAUGGCAAGGUAUGGGUCAUGCUGUGUACAACAACCAUCUGUAUUAUGUAAAAGUCAGUGAGGAGGUACGGCUGGUAAAGUUCGACCUACAGAAAGGUUCUGUGGUGGACAGUGCUGUAUUUCCAGCCAAUGACCAGCUCCCAGUCUACAGUCUUAAUACUGAGACAUACAUUGACUUGGCUAUAGAUGAAGAAGGUUUGUGGGCCAUUUAUGCUACAAAGAAUAAUGAGAAACAUGUCUCAUUAGCCAAGGUGGACCCUAAAACUCUGACCAUCGAACAGAUGUGGGAUACGCCUUGUGCAAGAGAGAAUGCAGAGGCAGCUUUUGUGGUGUGUGGCACAGUCUAUGUAGUCUACAACUCCAAACUUCCCAGCCGCUCCCGUAUCCAAUGUGUUUUUGAUGUGAGUGAUAUGGUAACCAAUGAUGAUGCUCCUACAGUGUAUUUUCCAAAGCGUUAUGGCACUCAUUCAAGCUUCAAAUACAGUCCCAUGGAGCAGCUAAUCUAUGCUUGGGAUGACGGCUAUCAAAUUCUUUACAAGUUACAAAUGAAGAAAAAACUAGAAGUGUAGAUGGUAUUGAAAUUGCUUGCAACCAACAUAAACCAAAUCUGUUUAGACUGCUAAAUCCUGGUUUGAUGUGCAUUUAUGUUUGAUAAUUUGCUAAGGUUUUAGAAUCAACCUUAAUCAUAUACCUAAUCAUUUAUUUUCUGCAAUAAAGUAAAUACAACAAUAGCACAUUUCCAUUUCCAUUACUAUUAUUAUAUGGUUUGCUAUGGUGAAAGCAAAGCAUUAAAAGUAUUAAUGUCAAGGACAAAGUAUAUGUUUUUUUUUAUAAAGCCAUAGUGCUGUUCCACCUACAGUACUGGCUAAAAAAGGCUUCAAAAAUAAAAUUCCUAUACAAUAAUUUGUAAAUGUAUAUUAAAGGAAUUUGGCAGACACCCUUAUUCAGAGUUUAUACAACUUAGUUUAUACAUUCAUACAACUGAGCAGUUGCAGGUUAAGGGCCUUGAUAAAACUUCCAAUGUACUAAUGUAUUAUUUCAAAUGUUUAUUUCUGAAAUCAAUUGUUAUAUUACCUUUAUCAUUUUUUUAGCUGUUUAUCAUUGUAAAGGACUGAACAUUAAAUUAAAGAAAUAGAAAAUCAUUGC